GGGGAAGCGCUAGGAGCCACUCCAGGCGGAAAAAGGAAGAGAAGAAAACAACGAGGAAAGAGUGAAGGAAACACUUUUAGAGAUACGAACACCUGGAAGAAGAAACGAAUGAGAGUUUUUAAGCAUGUUUAUGACUGAAGCAAAGAUCCAUUAAUUUGCGUUCAUGGCUCUCUUCGAUGGAACUUUUUAGAGAACUCAAUUGAAUUACGCUUAUCAGCGAUAUUUCGGUGAGAGACUAUAUCCCAUAGUCUUCUUUGCGGGCGCAUAUCGAUGGAAAACGCGGACGUUAUCGUUUGGGGAUAACGGUGCGCAACAUUUAGAACAAGUAGGCCUAUGCUAUCAGUCGAUAUGGAAAGAACGGAGGCAGCGGGGUGGAAAAUCCUACGGGACUCUCUCCUACUUUGUCUUUUUGCCGGUAAGCUCUAGUUCUGGUUCUCUAGGAUGCUUUAUCGUCUUCAACGUGCGCAAAUGUUUUAUUUUCUCAUAAAUUAUUUCAAAGUUAUCAGCAGAAGUGUGCAUUUAACAAUGGGUUCCUUUUUUAUUAGGCUAAUUGUGAAUGUGAACUCAUCAACCCAAUGCAUGGAUGGUUUCACAACGUUAAAAAAAUCCGUGCUUUAAAGUGGCCGAUCAUUAAUUUAGACAUACUACGGUUAAUUUACUCUGAAGCGAUCUACAUUUAAUCAAACAUUUCCUGAUUCAUAAGCCUAUUUGAGAGAGUUGCGUAGCCUACAUAGCGGUCCUAGUAGAAGUAAAAAGUGUGUGCGAACUUGUGUGUGCGGGGGGCGGGGGGGGGGGGGGGGGGGGGGGGUUACGGUACAAGCCUUGCUCAGCACUGGUCGCAGAACUAUACUGCCAUUGUCUCCAGCGUAUUGAGCGACAGGAAGGAGCUAGACCUCAAGGGACCACCCAUAUAGACUCCCAUCGUUGGAUGACAUGCACAUCAAAGUAGUUACACUCCACACUUCACAGGGGGAAAUAUGUUAGCAGCCCAAAUGGCGCCCUAUUCCCUACACAGUGCACUACUUUUGACCAGAGCCUUGUGGUCAAAAGUAGUGCACUACUGUAUAUAGGGAAGAGAGUGCCAUUUGGUGUACUCUGUUUCAAGGCUGCUAUUGUAGGCCCACACACACCUUUUUGGGGUUGGAAAACACAAUCUGCCAUCAGUUUGUGAGGGAUGGGUUGAAAAUACACCAGCUUUUGAACAAAGUGAAAAUAAAGCUGGAAUGAAGCUGAAAAUCCUUGAACACACACACAAACACACACACACACACACACACCAGUAAUUUGUGGCAGUAUGCUUGAAGGUUGAGAAAAAGCAGGCCUGUGUUUGGGUUAAAUUAUGUGGGGGUUGAAGAGGGCAAACACUGAGAUAUAGGACACACAAACUUUAGACAGACCGUGUGCGUUCAAAUACUCUAUAAAUAAUAAUCAAAUACAAAACCACAAGAAGUGUUUCCAAAUAUCCUUUAUUUCAAGUGCUUUCUCAUUUUGAGACCCCUCUCCCUGAGCCAUCCCCUUCAUUUCAAGUUGUCACGCAUCCAUGUGUCUCUACUGAAGGACUCUCACCACCAACUCUCUAAAGCUUCAGAGUGGCUGUAACCUUCAGUGCUUCAUCUUUGUCGUGCUCACAUACACUACCAGUCAAACGUUUGGACACACCUACUCAUUCAAGGUUUUUUCUUUCUUUGUAAAACAUUUUACAUUGUAGAAUAAUAGUGAAGACAUCAAAAAUAUGAAAUAACACAUAUGGAAUCAAGUAGUAACCAAAAAAGUGUUAAACAAAUCAAAAUACAUUUUAGAUUUGAGAUUCUUCAAAUGGUUGAGAGAAUGCCAAGAGUGUGCAAAGCUGUCAUUACAUUUACAUUUUAGUCAUUUAGCGACUUACAGGAGCAAUUAGGGUUAAGUGCCUUGCUCAAGGGCACAUCGACAGAUUUUUCACCUAGUCGGCUCGGGGAUUAGAACCAGCGACCUUUCAGUUACUGGCACAAUGCUCUUAACCACUAAGCUACCUCAAGGCAAAGGGUGGCUAUUUGAAGAAUCUCAAAUAUAAAAUAUAUUUUGAUUUGUUUAACACUUCUUGGGCACUACAUGAUUCCAUAUGUGUUAUUUCAUAGUUUUGAUGUCUUCACUAUUAUUCUACAAUGUAAAAAAUAGUAAAAAUUAACCCUUGAAUGAGUAGGUGUGUCCAAACUUUUGACUGGUACUGUAUGUACACAGAAGGUUUACACACACAUAUACACACACACACACAGGUUUACACAUUUUUUGAUUACAUUUUGGUCAUUUAGCAGAUGCUCUUAUCCAGAGCGACUUACAAUGAGUGCAUUCAUCUUAAGAUACUGUAGCUAGGAGAGACAACAACACAUCACAAUCGUAUCAAAUACAGUUUCCCUCAACAAAGUAUUUAUCAGCAAAGUCAGUGCUAGUGAGAAAAGAGAAGAGUCUUCUUUUUUUUACACUCACACACACACACACACACAUAUAUAUAAACACACACACACACAUAAGAUUUACACACACACACACUCCCCAUCCAACCAAGGCAAACUAAAGCACUGAAAACCAGGGUAUACAAAGGGGAACAGCUUUGGUGAGAGAGAGGUAUCUGCAGGUUCAGACUAGUAUAGAGAGAAAGAACACAGAGGUGAAGUUAGUGAAUAGUGUAGUUGACUAAAAGUAUACACUUUCACAUAAAGAAAAUAUUUUCUGAAAUGUCUUGUAUGAUCUCCAUUCACAUAGCCCUGUUGUCACACAACUCAUCUUCUUGUUAUUACCCUUUUGAUGUGUCGUGUUGUGUGCUUAUCGGUUUAGGUUUAGGUCCCACUCUACAGGAUGAAUACCUUUUAAGGCUUAAUAAAGCCUUCAUAAACCCUCUAUAAGGACUAUAUAUUUCCACUUAUCAAAUGUCUUAAUUAUUGUUUUGUGAGUUUAAGUGCAAUAUGGUUCUUUUACUGUGGCGAAAACUCUUAAGAUACUCUUGAAAAAGCCUUGAUCUUAGUGACAUUUACAUAUUUAGAAAAGGUUCAAUUAAGCAAAAUACUAAGUUUAAGUGUAUCUACCAGAGCUGCUCUCCAUUAUGUUUUUAACCUUUUGUAAUAUGAAAAUAGCAUUUUGAUUUUGGCCUUCGAAGGGUUUUGGAAAUCUUGAUUCCAAAGAGCACACUCUACCUUUCUCUCAGCAAAUUAGAAGCAGGGUGCGUGUGAGUGUGUGCAUGUGUCCGUAGUAGAGGUAGGUGUGUGUAUGCGUCUCUAUAUAAUGUAUUGCAUCUCUCCUGCAGGUCACAGUGAGGCCCAGUGUGAUGGCUGUGUGGAGUACUGCUGUGAAGGCUCUCCCCCUUUCUGCUGCUCCUACUACGCCUAUAUGGGAGAUGUCCUCUCGUAAGUACACACACACACACAUGCUCACACACACACACACAAUGUCACCUUCUAUACAUACACACAUGUUCAGUCACCCUCAGUCUAUAAACACACACAAACACUUCUCUACCACUCCACCACCUGUCCUUUCCACAUGCAGUGAAUGACCCCUCUGAGAGAUUUGACCUUUGACCUUCGUCAUUUGGCUCAAGACAGCUGGCCUCUCACUUUAUCUAUCCUCCUCCUCACCAGACUACCUAUGGAGUAUAACACAUGCUACCUGCUACAGUGCACCAAUGAAGAGAAUAAUGAUAUUAAAGUAUUGUGUAAACCUGGAACAUUAAUUAAUGUCACAGUUAAAAUUCCCAAAUUCACAGUUUUUACACCAUAAGUGGGGGUUUCACAAAAAAGUGCUAUUGACUGGGCCCAUUGAAUGUGGACUCAUUUUAUCUAGCCAUAUAAUGUAGCUCUUUCAAGGCCAUGGUUGUCAUAAGGUAAUGGAGAGGAAUAAUGGUUCCUCAUUCUACAGCUUCUCCACAGCCUUUUAAAUGGAUUUUGACCACACACACAAACAAAAGGACACAUACAUGUACACACAUACUCACACACACACACACAGGUCUGAGUCAUGUAAUCAGAUGUUUGAGCAGAUCUCCAUGGUUGCGCCACAGGCAUGUUUGGUCCGGUGUGUGUUAUAGGCAGCUGCUCCCAGACUUUUUUCUCAGUCCUGGAUGGCCCUAUCCCAAAAUGCACUGCUUCUCUACAGAGAGCACACUGUAGCAAAACAUUUCGCAACGAAAACUGAAAUGUUUCUUAUUGCACAUGUUUCAGUCUGUUUUCUUUCAUUUGGUGUUUAGUGAAUAUGACCCAAGCUUGGGGUCAAUUUUUUAGUAAUUAAGCAGACACUGUUAUCCAGAGCGACUUACAUUAAUACAUUAAUCUUAAGAUAGCUAGGUGAGACAACAACAUAUCACAAUCUUAGAAAGUAGUUUUCAACAAAGUAGCCUUUUUGGGAGGAGGGGUGGCCGUGGGAUUUAUUUAAGAUACUCUUUAAAGAGGUAGGGAGGUGAAUUGAAAUUCCAUGCAGAAUUGACUUGUGAGAAGAUGAAUUGGAUGAGAUGACUUCCUGGUAGCCACUAACUAGAAUGAAAAGGGGAGCAUGUAGUCAUAGUGACAAACGUGUGUUUGUGUGUGCAUGCAUGUGUGUGUGUGUGUGUGCGUUUUCUAGGGGCACGGCGAUCUCAGGCAUCGUGUUUGGUGUGGUGUUUCUGAUGGGAGCGCUGGCGGCCUUCUUCCUGUGUGUGUGCAUGUGUGUGAAGAACGGGCGAGGGGCCCGGGUGGACGUGUUCAACACCUCCUACAUCAACACUGUGUCCCAGGGCUACCCAGGUAAGACUGAUCUAGGAUCAGGUCCCCCCUGUCCAUAUAAUCUUUUUCAUUAUGAUCUAAAAGGCUAAACUGAUCCUAGGUCAGCUCUCAGAGUCCAUAUAGUUUCAAGUUUUAUUUGUCACAUGCACAAGUACAGUGAAAUGCUUAAAAGUCCAAUGCAGCCAUUUUUAUCUCAAUAUCAAAUAAUUUCCGGGUAACAAUUAAGUACCUUACUGUGAUUGUUUUCCAUUGAAAUGGCGAAAAAUUAACAAAAUUAGCUUCUUAGCAAGAAUUUUGCUAGGACUGUCUGGGAGUGGUCUGAGUGGGGAGGGGAAAACUGAAAACGAUCUGUUAUUGGCAGAGAGGUUUGGAACUCUCUUUCUUAUUGGUCUAUUAACUACACUGAACAAAAAUAUGAACACUACAUGUAAAGUGUUGGUCCUAUGUUUCAUGAGCUGAAAUAAAAGAUCCCAGAUACUUUACACUAAAAGGGCAUUAUCAUAAUUUUCACAAUUUCACAGUAUUAUUCCAACCUCAUAGUGUGGAAAUAUAUAUAAAACACAAGAAAAUCACAUGUUUUGACUGCAUUUGGCCUUUAACCCAUUACACUCGUUGAAAUUAGCCGAUAUGGAUAAGGACAAAUAUAAAACUAUAAAAAGCAUAUGCAUGAGCAUGGUAGCAAUUGAAAGAGAACACUUUGGAGAUUAUGGGGAAAUUAUCAGACCAAAGGUGAGGACAAAACAGUUCACCUUAUACAAGACUGAUUCCAAACAUUACACUGUUGAUUUUAUGUGCAUCUUACAUUUACUUUACUUUCAUUUAAAUGACGUGGAAACAACGUUGAUUCAACCAGUGUGUGCCCUGUCGUUAGCUAAAUUAUAAAAUACGAUCUUACAGUGUUAGGCUUUCAAAAGGCACUUCAGACAAACAGAUUGUAAUUUUGGUGUGUAUAGAAUGGAGUCAUUAGUGCAUUCAAGUGCAUGUUUAACUGACACUAAAAAGGAACAUUGUUACAUCCAAUGCCUGUUUGCCUAAGGCUGAUGCCACGCAAGCGCUUGUACGCACGUGCACAUGCAUACACACACUCGCAUUCAAAUGCACACACGUGCACACACACGGACACACACAUAUACACACAUGUAAAUAGUGCCACACAUGCACACAAUCGCAUACAGUCGGCCUUACUGUUUAGAUUUUUGUUGUCUUUGAUGUCUUUUAUUUUUGCAUUGUUGUUUUCUGUUCUUGUUUUCCUUUGUUUUGUCUUUUUUGUCUUUUGUUCUUUUUGUUGGUUGUUGGCGCAUUGGGUCGGUGGUGGCUUUGGUUGGGUUGGAGGGGGAUGGUGGCUUGGAGGGGUCCAAUUCGGGUCCCCGAUUCGACUGGGUGGGGGAUCUGUCCUUGUGCCCUUGGGCGGGGCGCUUGACCCUGAUUGCUCCUGUGGGUCGCUCUGGAUGGGAGUGUCUGCUAGAUGACUGAAUGUAAUGUAAAUGUUGAGAGGCUUCACUGCAGGAAGAUUGUAUGUUUUAAAAUUAAAUUAAUAAAGUGCAUGUUCUCGCGGCUAAUGUUUUUCACAAUAUGACAAACAUAGGCUCAAUCUGUUCAGGACAACCCAGGGUAUACCGCAUGUCAUCCUUGUAACUGUGGAUCAAACAUAGCGAUCACAAACGUUGAUACUGUAAAUGACAUGAGUUUUCAAAUAUGGAAAUGUGAAGUGCACAUUAGGACUCCCGUGUGUGGUUUGCUUGUAUGACAUCAAAGCAGUAUUUAUUAUAAUCCUCAAUGUCUCAUCUUUCAGAACACAUCGACUCCUCUCUAUUUACAGCAUUUCCCUCACUCAGACAACAACAAAUGUGCAAAAGUAGCCCAAUUAGCGGGAGGGAUGGGGGGCAUCUUCUUGCCGCGCGCGGUGCUCAAGUUUUUAACGGCUCAGUCAAAACCCAUACAGCGAUGUGAAGCGGAGAACCUGAGUUCUGAUGUCAUGUAUAGCAGGUUACUGUACAGCCACUACGUUCCAAUUUAGGCGCUAAUCAAUGACAAAAUCUACCAUUUUCAACCCGUAUACAGCAUGACAGGGGCUGUGAGUGGAAAGGGUUACUACCUUGCCAGCCCAGUGCAGUAUUCAAUAUCAAAAUAAAAUUAAAACAGGAGAAAUAAGAAAGGAAUAAAAAACACUAGAGAAUGUAAGCUAUAUACAUGGUCAGUGCCAGUACCAAAUGUACAAUGUGCAGGGAUAAUGGAUCAGUUGAGGUAGAUAUGUACAGUGAGGGAAAAAAGUAUUUGAUCCCCUGCUGAUUUUGUACGUUUGCCCACUGACAAAGAAAUGAUCAGUCUAUAAUUUGAAUGGUAGGUUUAUUUGAACAGUGAGAGACAGAAUAACAACAAAAUAAUCCAGAAAAACGCAUGUCAAAAAUGUUAUAAAUUAAUUUGCAUUUUAAUGAGGGAAAUAAGUAUUUGACCCCCUUUCAAUCAGAAAGAUUUCUGGCUCCCAGGUGUCUUUUAUACAGGUAACGAGCUGAGAUUAGGAGCACACUCUUAAAGGGAGUGCUCCUAAUCUCAGUUUGUUACCUGUAUAAAAGACACCUGUCCACAGAAGCAAUCAAUCAAUCAGAUUCCAAACUCUCCACCAUGGCCAAGACCAAAGAGCUCUCCAAGGAUGUCAGGGACAAGAUUGUAGACCUACACAAGGAUGGAAUGGGCUACAAGACCAUCGCCAAGCAGCUUGGUGAGAAGGUGACAACAGUUGAUGCGAUUCUUCGCAAAUGGAAGAAACACAAAAGAACUGUCAAUCUCCCUCGGCCUGGGGCUCCAUGCAAGAUCUCACCUCGUGGAGUUGCAAUGAUCAUGAGAACGGUGAGGAAUCAGCCCAGAACUACACGGGAGGAUCUUGUCAAUGAUCUCAAGGCAGCUGGGACCAUAGUCACCAAGAAAUCAAUUGGUAACACACUACGCCGUGAAGGACUGAAAUCCUGCAGCACCCGCAAGGUCCCCCUGCUCAAGAAAGCACAUAUACAUGCCCAUCUGAAGUUUGCCAAUGAACAUCUGAAUGAUUCAGAGGAGAACUGGGUGAAAGUGUUGUGGUCAGAUGAGACCAAAAUUGAGCUCUUUGGCAUCAACUCAACUCGCCGUGUUUGGAGGAGGAGGAAUGCUGCCUAUGACCCCAAGAACACCAUCCCCACCGUCAAACAUGGAGGUGGAAACAUUAUGCUUUGGGGGUGUUUUUCUGCUAAGGGGACAGGACAACUUCACAGCAUCAAAGGGACGAUGGACGGGGCCAUGUACCGUCAAAUCUUGGGUGAGAACCUACUUCCCUCAGCCAGGGCAUUGAAAAUGGGUCGUGGAUGGGUAUUCCAGCAUGACAAUGACCCAAAACACAUGGCCAAGGCAACAAAGGAGUGGCUCAAGAAGAAACACAUUAAGGUCCUGGAGUGUCUUGGAGUGGCCUAGCCAGUCUCCAGACCUUAAUCCCAUAGAACAUCUGUGGAGGGAGAUGAAGGUUUGAGUUGCCAAACGUCAGCCUCGAAACCUUAAUGACUUGGAGAAGAUCUGCAAAGAGGAGUGGGACAAAAUCCCUCCUGAGAUGUGUGCAAACCUGGUGGCCAACUACAAGAAACAUCUGACCUCUGUGAUUGCCAACAAGGGUUUUGCCACCAAGUACUAAGUCAUGUUUUGCAGAGGGGUCAAAUACUUAUUUCCCUCAUUAAAAUGCAAAUCAAUAUAUAACAUUUUUGACAUGCGUUUUUCUGGAUUUUUGUUGUUGUUAUUCUGUCUCUCACUGUUCAAAUAAACCUACCAUUAAAAUUAUAGACUGAUCAUGUCUUUGUCAGUGGGCAAACGUACAAAAUCAGCAGGGGAUCAAAUACUUUUUUCCCUCACUGUAGAUGUAGGCAGGGAUUACGAGAAAGUGACUGGUAGCAGGAUAAAUAAUAAUAAUAAUAAUAAUAAUAAUAAUAAACAAUAUAGCAACAGCAUAAGUGGUGGGUGGGUGUGUGCAUGAUGGUGAGUGUGUAUGUGGUUGUUAGUGUGUGUGUGCAAAAGUGUGUGAGUGUGUGGGAGAGACCUGUGAGUGUGCAUAUAGUCAGCACAUAUAGUCCUUGGUGAGGGUGGGCAGCUAUUAUCUAUCUGUGUAGAAGUCUCAUUGCUUGGGGGUAUAAGCUGUCUCGGAGCCUGUUUGUCCGAGACCUGAUACUCUGGUACCGCCUGCCGGACGGAAGCAGAGAAAACAGGGGUGGCUGGAGUCUUUGGUAAUUUUUCAGGCCUUCCUCAGACACUGCUUGGUGCGUAUGUCCUAAUCUUAUUCAUUAUGGUCUAAAAGGGCAAACUGAUCCUAGAUCAGCACUCCUACUCUGAGACGCUUUAUGAAUUCAGGCCUUAACCACUGCUCCUCCACUAACUGGCUGAACAGAAAAUUACCCAGCCUUCAAUUUACCCGUUUCCCUGCAGUGCAGUGAUUCCACCACUAGAGGACAUUGCUCCUCCACCAAUGACCAAUACAUACUGAAGUCUAGAAUGUUUCUACCAGUGGAGGCUACUGAGGGGAGAAUGGCUCAUAAUAAUGGCUGGAAUGGAGUCAAUAGAAUGGUAUCGAACAUGUGGUUUCCAUUGGUUGAUACCAUUCCAUUGACUCCAGUGGAGGCUGGUGGGAGGAGCUAUAGGAGGAUGGACUCACUGUAAUAGCUUAAAUGGAAUGAAUGGAACGGAGUCAAACGUGGUUUCCAUAUGUUAUUUUUAUUUUUAUUUUAUGUGUUUAAUACCGUUCCAAAAAUUCCAUUCCAGCCAUUACAAUGAGCCUGUCCUCCUAUAGCUCCUCCCACCAGCCUCCUCUGAUUGACUCCAUUCCAGCCAUUACUAUGAGCCGUCCUCCCCUCAGCAGCUUCCACUGGUUUCUACAGCCCCAUCAAAACAGAAACAAUGACAUGGCAGGGUCUGUUGUACUUUUAUGUUGUAUGUGUGUAUUGGCAUAAUCUUUAUUUAUCCAGCAACUAAUAAUAACAAACUAACCAUUUUCUCUCUGUGUCUGUCUCUCUCUCUCUCUCCAGGACCCCCACCUCCCUACACCUAUGACUAUGAGAUGUACCCUUCGGCCGUGCGCCCCCCUCCCUACACCCCCACCCCACCCAGGACAGACAGCUACUCCCCUCCCCCUCCGUAUCCGGGCUGCAAUCGCAAAUGACUUGCAGACAAAAUGGAGAAUCUUGACCAGGCUACUUGCCAUUUUGAAGGAGCACAUCAUGGAUUAUGCUUAUGCAGUGUACUAGCAGGGAAAUAUGAGACUGUACGUAUUGCCUUUUCGAACCUCUGGAUCACUUAAAAUGACUGCAUGUGGACUGGACCACUUUGACCUUUUCUUAUGGAAGUGAUUGGGUCAAUUCAACUGAUUGGCGUUUCGGGGGGUGAAAACCUCUGACUCACUUAAAAUGACUGUGUGGACUGAUCGACUUUUGACCAUUUCAUGUGGGGGUGUGGGUCAAUCCAACUGAUCAGCGUUUCGGGGGUGAAAACCACUUUAGUUGUAUUUGACUCAUAUUUUAUGGCAAUGAAUAUGAGUGAGGGGACAAAGUACCUAACUUUAUUUGAAGAUGUGGAUCUUUGUUGUACCAUCUCUCUGGUAGAGAUGCCUGUUAGCUGGCUUUCCUACAGGCUAGUGCUCUUCCCUACCUUAUUUCUACAAGGCAAAGGAGGGAAAAUUGUAGCUUAGUCCCAGAUAUGUUUGUGCUGUCUUGCCAAUUCUUUCAUGUGGCAAUGACCUUAGGACAUGGCGAGACGGCACAAACAAAUCUGGGACCAGGCUAGGAAAACUUUGUAAAACUAUGAGUUGUACCAUAGGAAGAAAGAGGAUGGUAAACAUACAGGUCCGGGGUGACGUUUCCCCUAGGUACAGAUCUAGUAUCAGCUUCCCCUUCCCCAAUCCU